AUGUCUGCAACUAACACCAACAAAAACCAGUUUUCUCUCCGCUCAAUUCUCGAUAAGGAGAAAAUGAAUAGGACAAACUUCCUUUAUUGGCAAAGGAACUUGCAAAUAGUUCUCAUGCAAGAGCUAAAGGAAUACGUCCCUGAUGAGGAAAUGCACGACGCUCCUAAUGAGGAGGUCACACAGGCUGCACUAAACCGAUGGCACGCUGCUAAUCGGGAUGUUAAAUGGUUCAUGUUUGCCACAAUGUCUUCAGAUCUUCAAAAGACUUUCUUUGUGAAGGAGACGACUUUUAAGAUCAUAAAAGAGCAGGCCCGAACGGAGAGGUUCGACACCCAUAGGGAAAUCCUUAAGAGCAAGCUCAAGAAAGGAGAGCCAAUCAGCCCUAAUGUGCUCAAAAUUAUUGGAUUAUUUGAGAACAUGGAAAGGCUUGAUGCGCGAUGCUCGAACGAGAUGGAAAUUGACAUCAUUCACCACUCGUUGCACAAAGAUUAUGAUCAGUUGAAGAUGAACAAUAUCAUGCACAACAUGGAGAAAACGUUGAUCGAGCUUCAUGGGAUGUUAAAGCAAGCCGAGAAAAUGCUCAAGGACGAGGGGAAGUAUAACAUGCUUAUGGUCUAG